AUGGCGCAACAGUUAGCAGAGAUGGUUUGGCGAAAGACUAUAUACUCUCGUUUGUUUGACUGGUUGGUGGAUAAAAUCAAUGUCUCAAUUGGACAAGACCCUAGCUCAAAGUGUCUGAUCGGGGUCCUUGGUAUAUACGGUUUUGAAAGCUUUAAAACUAACAGUUUUGAGCAGUUCUGUAUUAAUUACACUAAUGAAAAGCUGCAACAACAUUUCAACAAGCAUGUAUUCAAGUCGGAACAAGAGGAGUACACUAGAGAGGAAAUUGAUUGGAGCUACAUAGAAUUUGUUGAUAAUAAAGAUGUCCUGGAUGUCAUUGAACAGAAAGCCACUUACAUAGCUCGUAAACUCUUAUAA